UCCUUGGCGGAAGGGUUAUUUAUUUGAACUCAAUUUUGACAGUCGGGUCAAUGGUCAACAUGGUGCUUUCUUGUGAUUAUAUUUUGUGUCUUGAAUUGUUCUAGAGAUGCCAUGUUCUUGUUUUUCAAUUGGGAUGUGCAUAAAGUCAAAAGCCAGUACCAAAUGGCAAAACAAAGGAGAGGAAUUUCAGCCUUGGUGUAUAAUAGGAAUGAUAAACUUUUCUAUCGGGGUAAAGUCGAGGGAACGUUGCAAAAAAGAGGCAACAAUUAUUUUUACAACAUACGCUUAAAUGGGGAUGAUGAGAUUGUUCCGGUAGACCGGAGUGAUGUUGAGUUCAGAGGCGGAGCAAUGCCAUGGCGGGAGCCUAAGCCUGGUGACAAAACUCUAGUAGAACCAAUAUCAAGACCAGAUAGAAGGUAUUCAUUUCCAAAUUAUGUUCAAAACACGUCCUGGUCGAAUAACUUGAUUGGUGAACGAAGAUCUGCUUUCGUUGAAGGUGUUGUGAAACGUUUACCAAUACCAACUGAAGAGAUACGGCGAUACCACGUUGUAGUUGGCUCAGGAAAAAAAAAAAAAACAUUACAUGUAUCAAGACAUCAAAUGAAACCUUUGGGUGGCAACAAAGAAGAUAUUCAACCAGUAAAAACUGAGACAAAGGACAAGAACAUACAGGCACCAAAAUCUGAACCAGUUUCUGGUGUUGUUCUUGCGCGCUGGCGCGACGACGGCUGGUUUUACUUUGGAAAGGUUGUGUCGAGCAAGGAAGAUGAAUACUUUAUUAAAGACGGGUUCGGAUUCAAAGAAAUGAUGCACAAAUCCCACUUAUUAACAGAAACGGACCAGAAGUUUCAAGUCGUACAGCCCGGUGACAAGGUUGUUGCCCUACAUCCAAAUUAUAUAUUCAGCUACGCUCCUGCAGCAGUUGAACGUGUUUAUAGAUUGAAUGGAGCAGAUCUUACAUUUUAUGAUAAUACAACAGGAACUUUACCAUGGAGUGAAAUCUACAAGAUAUCUCAUCAGAAAUACGCUGAUUGCGUUCGCCACAUUGAGCAGAAAGAAAAGGAAAUGCUUCAAGCAGAGGUUAUAGUAUUAGAUGUAAAGUGUGGCCACUUCCAAUCUGGUACAGUCAGCAAACAUAUUGAUAACCAGAUGUUCACUGUGACUAUGACUAAACGCAACGGAGUUGGCCAUCUUGAACAACAAGCAAACCACAUGUUUCUGAGGCAAACAAUACCGAGUAAUGGUGCUGAUUUAAAGAGUUUAAAAUACGUGAUUGGUCGCGUGAAUGAUGUUUACCUUCCUGCUGAGAUAUGCAAAUCGACGGACACCAACGAGAAAACAAUGCCAGAUGAAACUAUAACCAUCAUUUUUUGUAACCGCGAAAAGGCAUUCGUUCGUCUGAAUGAUGUUUAUCACAUCAAUAAAAACUACUUCGACUUCGCCGUUGAUGAGUGGAAUCGUGCAAAUGAUGUUAGCGAAUAAAAACACUGCUAACAAGGAUGCUGACUACUGCUGGCCAUAUAUACUGUUCAUGAGCAAGGAGAAACUUCUUGUAGCCCAAGUGAAAUUGUCAAAUGCAUAAACGUAUGUAAUUGCAAGGAAAUAUAUACUUAAAUCAAGUCGAAGAACGUUUAUUUUAAACAUUCAGGUUGCUCAGAAAUGGAAUAAGAUGGAAAACUUUUAUUAAUGAACAUAAGCUAUUUUUAUUAUCAUUGUUUUUAUUAUAGACCACAUUUGUUGUAAUACUCCUUUCGUAUAAACAGUAAAUCUUCGAAAGCGCUGAAAAGCACAUGUCAAUAGUAUGAAAUUGGGCGCAUUUUAUCGUUGUUUUCCAAGAAAACGCAUACACAUUUGCUUUGAAAUAAGUUUUUAAGGCAGCUUGGUGGAGUUUUCGGGAAGAUGCUGAUAUUCGCUAGUGGGUGUAGAUUUGUGAAUAGAAACCAUAAAUUUAUCACUGAUUUAAGAGAAAAUGCAUGUAUAAAUGCUUUGGAAAAAUAAACCUAGUUUAGGCCGCUAGGCCACCAGACCAUUAACUUCAUGCCGCUA